AUGGCUGAACAGGCCCCCCACAUCCUCUACACAAAGGCACUCAUCCACAAAGGCCAUGGUUAUCCAUUUUGGUAUCCAGAGCCAGACUGUAGUGCACCUGAUGAGUUCAUAAGAACAGGCAUACAACCUGGGGAUGUAGGGAUUCGCAAUGAUUCAGGGGGCUUCGACUUUCUCUUCAACAUCUUCAAAAAUGCUGAACAUCCAAUCAAUCAUGGUCGUGUGCCUCCUGACUUUGUACCUCUCAAUCCAUCAUCUAUACAACGUCGCACAGGGUCCUACACAACUGUUAUUGCGAGUGAACAUGCAUCCUACUCAGAGAUUUCUGCAGGCAUUUCUGCUAAUGCUUUGUCAAGGUCUGUGGAUGACUGGGCAUCCGCGGCAGUCCUGUGUCUUCCUAAUUCAGCAACAAGCUAUGAUAUUCUCAACAAAGGUGCAAUCAAGGUAUACGCUGAAAAAUAUGCGCUAUCUUGGUACAAUUACAUCAAUGAUCCGGAUUCGUUGGGUCGAGAAGCUCUGCAGGGCACUUUGUAUGUCAUCACCGGGUGUGACAAAACGACUACCUGGGGAGCUGCAGUCAUCGGAAUGGCAGCCAGCAGUUUAAACGGUUCUCUU